CAUUGGUUAACAGGAGGUGGUUUGUAUUUGAAGGUCGGGUGCUGAUUGGCUAUCAGUGUUAGGAAGAGCCGGUUUAAACCGGGGGGCGGGAGUGAUUUCAGUUUGAACGGCAGCUAACGGAGAGCUAACACACCGACACACGGAGAGUCCCGCAGCAGUAUCAUGGCCUCCUCCCAGAACAUGGACCCUUCAGCAGCAGCAGCUUCAUCCACAGCCGCUCUGAAGGGAAGCGAGAGCAGCGGCAGCGCGGCCAGAAGCUCCGUCUCUAAACGGCUGCAGCAGGAACUCAUGACUCUGAUGAUGUCAGGUGAUAAGGGGAUCUCAGCAUUUCCAGAAUCAGAUAAUCUCUUUAAAUGGAUUGGGACCAUCGACGGAGCUCAGGGGACAGUGUACGAGGGUCUCAGGUACAGGUUGUCUCUUGAGUUUCCAGCUGGUUACCCGUAUCAGGCGCCUCGAGUGAAGUUUGUCACUUCCUGUUUUCAUCCCAACGUGGACGAACAAGGUUUCAUCUGUCUGGACAUCCUGAAAGACAAAUGGUCGGCACUGUAUGACGUCCGCUCCAUCCUGCUGUCCAUCCAGAGCCUGCUGGGAGAGCCAAACAACGAGAGUCCACUGAAUACGACAGCUGCCGAACUCUGGGACGACCAGGAAGCCUUUAAAGCUCAUCUUCAUUCGACGUUCCAGAAGUGAAGCGGCGCCACCUUUUAUUCUCUGGACUGUCUGUCUGUCUUCUGUUUGUACAGUAUUUUUAUGUUUGUUCACUUCACUGUAUCAAUAAAGUUCUUAA